ACUGAAUCUGGCUAUGGAUCAGAGUCAAGUUUACGCCGCCAUGGCUCCAUGGUGUCUCUUGUUUCUGGAGCAAGUGGAUACUCUGCGACAUCCACCUCUUCGUUCAAGAAGGGUCAUAGCUUGCGUGAGAAGCUUGCAGAAAUGGAAACCUUUAGAGACAUCUUGUGUAGACAAGUUGAUACUCUACAGAAAUACUUUGAUGCAUGUGCAGAUGCUGUUUCCAAAGAUGAACUCCAGAGGGAUAAAGUGGUGGAAGGCGAUGAAGAUGAUUUCCCGACAAUGCGUUCUGAUGGGGAUUUUUUACAUAACAGUAACAGCAGUAAGGAAAAACUGUUUCCGCAUGUGACACCCAAAGGAAUUAAUGGCAUAGACUUCAAAGGAGAAGCUAUAACUUUCAAGGCAACUACUGCUGGCAUCCUUGCUACUCUCUCUCAUUGUAUUGAACUCAUGGUAAAACGUGAAGAAAGCUGGCAAAAAAGGCUAGAUAAG